AUAGGCUUUAAAGUCUCUAUGAAAACACGAACUGUACUCGCUUGACACUACACUUACCUGCAUUACCUGAUGCUUUGGAUUUUACAGCUGUCCUGGGGAAGAAAGUUGGACUGUCGGAGGCAUGAGAUACACCAGAAUGACACAUAAUAAACAAAUGACAUGAUAUCUUAUUGUCUGCAGCUUCAGACAAUUCAGGGUAGCUUAAUUUGCUAGCAAGCUUUGGCAGAUUAAGAGUUACUGUGCCCAAGACGGUUUGACAUUUAUCAGCAAACCUUCAACUAACGUUACCACAGAAACCACAGCUAACGUGAAACAGCGAGCACCAUAUUCGGGCUCGUGACAUCGGCGAUAGUGGAGCGGGACGUCGGUGUGAGGGGCGCGGGGAGCGGACCGGUGUCGGUUGCCAUACCUGGACUGGUGGACGACAGCAUGGCUGCGGGAAAGGGAGCUGGCAAGCCCGCCUCGCUGUGGGACAACAUGCGGAUACGGUUCAUUGUUUGCUUCUUCGGAGUCUUCGUGUGUUACUUUUACUACGGAAUAUUACAAGAGACUAUCACUCGAGGUGAUUACGGUCAGGGAGACAAAAAGGAGAAAUUCAGAUUUGCCCGGACAUUGGUCUUAAUCCAGUGCAUUGUCAGUGCUCUGUUUGCCAAGAUCUUGAUCCAGUUUUUUGAGGGCUCCAAGCCGGAUCACACCAAGAGCUGGCUCUAUGGUCUGUGUUCCCUCUCUUAUCUUGGAGCCAUGGUUUCCAGUAACUCUGCCCUUCAGUAUGUCAACUACCCCACACAGGUGUUGGGGAAAUCCUGCAAACCCAUACCAGUGAUGAUCCUUGGUGUGACCAUACUGAGGAAGAAGUACCCACUGGCUAAGUACCUGUGUGUGCUGCUCAUUGUGGGUGGUGUAGCUCUGUUCCUCUACAAUCCCAACAAGAGCUCAGCUGUUGCAGACGACCAUGUUUUUGGGUUUGGAGAGCUGCUGUUGUUGGUCUCUCUGACAUUGGACGGUUUGACCGGUGUGGCCCAGGACCACAUGAGGAAUCGCUUCCAGACGAGUGCCAACCACAUGAUGCUGAACAUCAACCUGUGGUCCACUCUGGUGCUGGGACUAGCGGUAUUGUGGACAAGGGAGGUGUGGGAGUUCCUUAGUUUUACAGAGCGCCACCCGAGCAUCAUCUACAACAUUCUUCUGUUCGGACUGACCAGUGCUUUAGGCCAGACCUUCAUCUUUAUGACGGUGGUGUAUUUUGGGCCUCUGACCUGCUCCAUUGUCACCACCACAAGGAAGUUCUUCACCAUCCUGGGCUCUGUUAUUCUGUUUGGCAAUGUCAUGACUAUGAUGCAGUGGGUUGGCACCAUUCUGGUGUUCCUCGGUCUCGGACUUGAUGCUAAAUUUGGCAAAGGCCCCAAGAAGACGACACACUAAAACAUCCGGAGCGACAGAAACAUUGCACAUCAAAUGGAAACACUAAAGCCAGUAUCUUAUUUUCACAAGACAUCCUGUACAGGCAUACUGUAUGUGCCUAUGGUUUUAUUUAAAUACGGUUCAGAUUUUCUGUGUCUAAAAGAGAGUUCUUGUAGUUUUCAACUCCAGCUUCUGUUGUGUACUGUUGAGAUAUUGAAGAGACAUGUUUUACUUGGGAUCAAGUCCUGAAUGAACUAUGAUGAGCCAUUAACAUCUUUUUUUGACCACAAGACAUCACACUCUUGUGGAGGAGUUUGGACUGGCUGAAAGACACGGGUGGAAAAUACUUCAUUUAGACAAAUUCUUUGUUUCUUCUUAAACCAGCUCACCUCCCUUGGAUGGAUAUUGAACCAAACAAGGCCGAAGACGUAAAGUUUCCAGCAUUUUUGUCAUGAACCUACCACCAAAUACGACUUGGUUUACAAAUUGUUGCUUGAAGAUGUGUAAUUAUCACAUAUGUAGUUUAUUUCUUGGCAAACAAUUUGCCAAGUAUCAAGUCAUUUAUAUGAUAUAAAGGGUUGUUAUGUCAUGUCAAAUCUUAAUGUUGAGUUGUUUUUACUUUUAUUUUCUACAAAUUGAAAAUAACAUGCCAUAAAAGGGAAAUUGUGAUAUGUCAUGGUGAUUUUCUUUUUAUUACACAGACUUCUCUUGAUUGGUUCACAUCAGUCAGUUGUGAUACUCAUCUCUGAUCGGAUGCUGUUUGUUAGAAAUGGCUGUAAAACCGCAAGCACCUACUGCUUAGCACUUAAUAAUACAAGCGCAAAUCAUUACCACAGCAACAUAUGUAUCUGAUAGCCAACUUGUUUUUUUAAAUAAAAAGCAUAUUACCAACUUAAUGUUAUAUCA